AUGCCUAAAUACAAGCCAUCAUCUGUAAAUACAGUGACGAUCUCGUCUUCUGUUUUGUUAUCGUUAAUUAAACACACAUCAGAACACUACCCAGCCUUGUUUUCAGGUGCAUUAUUGGGUUUCGAAGAUGAGUCAUUGAUCGACAUUACACAUGUUUUCCCAUUUCCAUACCCUGAUCAAUACGAAGGUGGGUCAUUCAAAUCUAGAAGUGGAAGCCAAUACCAGAAAGAGUUGCUUGAAAAUUUCAAAAAACUUGGAUAUGGUGUUGAAUUCCAAGGAUAUUUCCAGUCAUCUAUCUCGGGUAACUUUGCUACGUCACAACUAAUUGAUGGGUUGGCUCAACAACAAUUACUCAACCCUAAUGCCUUUAUACUUGUUCACAACAUGUCCAGCGAAGGACAAGAGCUCGAUUUGAAGGCGGUGAGAUUAUCUUCAGGUUUCAUGAAUGGAUACAUUGAUGGUAAAUGGAAGUCCAGGGAUUUGGAGAAAAACAAGGUUUCUUAUUUGAACAUUUUUGAUAAAUUGGAAUUGGAAAUUCAAAACCAAGCAUUGGUGGACUUGUACUUGACUUCCAACAAUAAGCAAGCAACUCCUUCGGAAGCACAAUCCGAAUUCAAGAGUCUUGAUUUGCUUUCUAACUCCGGUUCAACUACCCAUCUUUUAGAAUCGUUGUGUAGUCAAGUAGACUCUUUCAACUACGAUCAAAACAACUUUAACUAUUACCAAAGACAAUACCAAAAGGAGCAAUCCAAGAUUCAGCAAUGGAAACAGCAGAGGAAAUACGAGAACUUGGAGAGGUCCAAGAAGGGAGAAGAGGAAUUGAGCACCGAUGAAUGGAAAUCUAUUUUCAGAUUGCCUCAAGAACCUUCAAGAUACAACAAUAUGUUGCAGAGCCAUUCUAUUCACGUCUUAGCUGAGGAUGUAUUGAAGAAAUGCGACGAAGAAUUGCAAAAGAGUUUUGCUAUUAAUAGAAAAUUGACAGCUGAGUAG